CGUAUACCCAGGUACCUACCUAGGUACGUAUGCCCUACACUUGGCUACCAGGUACUUGGGAGGUACGUGCUUCUUGACAACAUUGCACACGUAUUGUCCGGAGCCAUCGACAACGUCCGCUGGCAGGAAAGGCCUGCAAAGUGAAUCCUGCACAUUUCACGUCAUCGUCAUCUCGACAUUCCCAAUCUCUGGGAAUCCAUUUCCGGCAUCUGAUGUGGAAAAUUUGACUCCCUUUGCAAUCUUGGGUCCGUGGGGGCCGCAGCGGACUUGAACCGGAGCACCAGGAGGUAUCCCUGCCAGACACGCUAGAAGCACGCACCAGAUCUUUCUCCCUUGCCUGAACCUCGUGAGCGCUGCGCCUGUCCGACAUCAACGACCUUGUCAUCCCAGCCUGUCAACUCCCCCAGUUGAAACACCUCCUGCCUCAGCUUCGCUCGGAACAGCCCAGCACCGUCCAAGCCAGCGCAAGCCAUUGAAAGCCUCGUUCCACCCUGCGACUUCACAUGCAGUCAAUCUAGAACCGACAAAAGCCCGUUUUCGUAGGAUUUUCUCUCCGGCCAAGGGCGACUGCGGGGCACACGUCAAAUGCGACAAUGAAGGCUAUCCGCCGAUCUCUCAAGAGUGACAAGGACGGGAGGCAGCCGCCACCAAGUCUGACCAUUACCCCCAAGACGAUCCAAGCCCUCCCCCCGAAGAAAGUUAUAAAAGCCUUAUACGACCACGAGCCCCAAAAUGGCAAUGCGCAAGAGUUGUCAUUCCACAAGGGCGACUUCUUCCACGUCCUGAGUCGCGAAGACGACACAGAGUGGUACGAGGCCUGCAACCCGCUCAUCCCAUCCGCUAGGGGGCUGGUGCCCGUGGCUUUCUUUGAAGUGGUCGGUAAAAAACAGCGACAAAGUGAAAACUCUCUAUCCUCCCCAGGGGAGAAGAUGGAUGGUCACGACUCGGGAUUUUCAGAGAAAGGUUCGACCAACUCGGGCCACACCAGAUCCGAAUCGACGGCAACCACAAGACCCAGUGCAGGAACACACCAGAGAGGACCAAGCAUGACCGGAAGAAACGCAGGCGCCAUGGUGUAUGGUGUAGUGCAGUACGAUUUCCACGCUGAACGGGCAGAUGAACUGGAUGCCAAAGCCGGAGAGGCGAUCAUCGUCGUGGCGCAGUCCAAUCCUGAAUGGUUCGUUGCGAAGCCGAUAGGACGGUUAGGAGGACCAGGAUUGAUUCCGGUUUCAUUUGUCGAUAUUAAGGAUACCGCGACUAUGCAAUCCGUGUCCGAUCCCCUGGAAGCAGUCCGGAAAGCAGGCGUUCCUCGGGUUGAAGAGUGGAAAAAGUUUGCUGCAGAAUACAAGAACAGCAGUAUCAGCCUGGGCAAAUUUGACAAUCCCCAAGCUCAAAUGUCAGCCGAGAUGGCUCGAAUGAGCCUUCAGAAUGCGCCUUCGCAGCAAUCGCUCCCCAAUACGAACUAUAAUGGUGCGAGAAUAUCGCAGCAGUCGAAUAUCCCUCUUGCGCCCAUGAGCGCUUCAGUACCCCGGUAUUGUUUCGACAACGAUAUGUACUGGUAUAUUAUCGAAUGCCAAAUGGAAGACGGCCGAUGGUGGGAGCUGUCGCGGUACUACGCUGAUUUCUACGACUUUCAGAUCGCCUUACUGGAGAUGUUUCCCGAAGAGGCCGGCAACAAGGGCAAGCCUCGUACUCUGCCAUUUAUGCCUGGGCCAGUGGCACACGUCACAGAUGCAAUCUCCAAUGGUCGACGCCAGAACCUGGAUGAGUAUAUCAAAAAGAUCGUGGCAAUGCCGCCUCACAUCUCCAAAAGCAUGCUUGUGAGGAAUUUAUUCAAGCCAAAACCGGGUCAAGAUUUUGAAAUUGACCCCAACGCGCUGGGAGAGGAUUACCGACUAUCCGCGGGAUCACAGCAAUCGAUGCAACCUGUCUCUCGGACGUCCUCUAACCAGCAAGCGCCGGGAAUGGCAUACGGUGGUAUGCCCCCUCCCAGCGCACGAAUGUCCCAGCAACACCGGGGUCCCGUCCCCAUGCCCGCCGGAACCAGUGUGGCCAUGGGAGGGCCACCUUUCUUACACUCCCAGGCCAGCAAUUUGACUCAAAAUUCCAACUCUUCGAGCAUGAAGACGAGCAAUGCCGGCGCUGCUAUGAAGGUGAAGGUAUUUUUUCAGGACGAUAUUAUUGUGCUCCGAGUACCCCAGGAUAUUAUAUUUGCAGCAUUGAGAGAGAAGUUGAUGGACCGGCUGAAGGUCAAUGAGGACAUUGUCAUACAGUACAAGGACGAGCCGACGAACACCCUCAUUGAUCUCGAGAACGAUGACAACCUCGAUGUUGCGCUACAACGAAAUCCAAAACUCACACUGUACGUCAAUUAUGCGACGGGUUAGAGGCAAGGGGUCGUUCUUCCGAUGAUACAUUCUGAAUAUUGCCAGCGAGCAGCAUCCCGAGUCUCAGCACUGUUUUGCAGUAUUACCCCAGCCUUUUCUUAUGCGCGGCUUACAGGGCGAGCGACAGGGCGACCUGAUGAGACGAAUGGUUAAUGUGACGAUGUUCGGCGCUUUUAUAGGGCGUCCUAGGGUUGAUCUUGAAGGGAGACUUUUCCAAUUCUCGCAAAAAGUUUCGAAACUCUCGACCUUGACUUGCAAGGAGGAAUAUGAAGUGCUACGUGGAGUUGAAAUCUCUCGAAGUCAUGUUUGGACGGAUCUUUCACAGGUACACGGCGCGAUGAGACAUGGAUGAUGGAAAGCCUUAUGCACAGAUUAUAUUCCCUUCGAUCAUGCGGGUAUCCAGGCCAUUUUCGGGUCAAUUGCGAUAGUCCUCAGAGGUCUAUAGAACCUGCCCUUUAUAAUGAAUUUGUGCCACAA